AUGAUUCCAUUCCGGCGCAAAAAAUCAAACAAGCAAUUUCCAGUGAAAGUUUGCACGUUUGAUUCGGAGCUUGAAUUUGACCUAGAACAUCGUGCUACGGGUAGAUUCUUGUUUGAAUUAAUAUGUCGAACAAUCGGUCUAAGGGAAACUUGGUAUUUUGGAUUGCAGUACGAGGAUUCUAAAGGAAACAUGUCAUGGUUGAAGAUGGACAAAAAAGUCUUAGAUCAAAGUGUGCACAGUACAAAUGGCAGUUGUAUGUUUAUUUUCUUAGCCAAGUUUUUCCCAGAAAACGUAGCCGAGGAAUUGGUGCAAGAAGUAACACAACAUUUAUUCUUCUUGCAAAUCAAACAAGCCAUCCUAUCAAUGGAUGUAUAUUGCCCACCGGAAGCUUCCGUUCUGCUAGCAUCGUACGCAGUUCAAGCUAAGUACGGUGACUACGACGAAGCCGUCUGUAAACCUGGAAUGUUAAUAAGUGAAAAUUUACUUCCUCAACGUGUGAUUGAUCAAUACCAAAUGACACCUCAGAUGUGGGAGGAACGCAUUAAAACAUGGUAUGCCGAUCAUCGGGGUAUGUCAAGAGAUGAAGCAGAAAUGGAAUAUCUUAAGAUAGCACAAGAUCUUGAUAUGUUUGGUGUCAACUAUUUCCCAAUCACGAACAAAAAAAACACCGAAGUUUGGCUCGGUGUAACAGCAUUAGGAUUAAAUAUAUAUAACCGGGAGAACAAGCUGUUACCGGUAACUACGUUUCAGUGGAAUGAAAUUCUUCAUAUUAGUUUCGAUGAUCGGAAGUUUGUGGUAAAAACAAACGAUAACAAAAAUCCUAAACCGGUAAUAUUUUACUCACAGAAGCUUCGUAUCAAUAAAUUGAUACUAGAUCUGUGCGUUGGGAAUCACGAUCUCUACAUGAAACGCCGUAAACCAGAUACGAUGGAAAUUCAGCAAAUGAAAGCCCAAGCAAAAGAAGAGAAACAACGUAGGCAAGUCGAACGGAAUAAGCUGACACGCGAAAAGCAGUUGCGUGAAGCUGCAGAGCGGGAGAAAGCUGCCAUGGAACAGAGAAUGAUGCAACUUCAAGAGGAAAUGCGUGUUGCUAAUGAAGCAUUGCACCGAAGUGAAGAGGCAGCUGAACUUUUAGCAGAAAAGAAUCGUCUAGCUGAAGAAGAGGCAAUGUUACUAUCCCAUAAAGCACAAGAAGUCGAACAGGAAAUAAGUCGUAUGCGUAUGACAGCUCGUAAGACAGAAGAAGAAAAAAUCUACUUGGAACGAAAGACACAAGAAGCAGAGCUGCUUACCGCACGCAUGAUGGAAGAAUCUCGUAAACGAGCUUUAGAGGCCGAUAAGCUGAAAAAUGAACUAAUUCACGCACGUGUUGCAGAGAAAGAAGCAAAAGAAAAAUUAUUGAAUUUUCUUAGCCGAACUUCCACGGAAUCGAUACUCAUUACACCUUCUUCUUCUCCCGAAUCUCCCAUGCACGAAAUGCAUUCCUAUGAUUUAUUGGCUGAUGGAGAUAUGGAGCAGUUAUCGUUAGAAAUUGAAAAAGAACGGGUUGAAUAUUUGGCUAAAUCAAAACAAGUGCAAAACCAAUUGAAAGAACUCCGUUCAGAGAUAGAACAACUAAAAAUUGGUGAAAACCAGUGUCCACUUGAUGAUAUCAAUGCCGAGCAGUUGCGGCUAGGUGAGACAAAAUAUUCUACUUUGAAAAAAGUUAAAUCCGGUUCAACGAAAGCACGAGUAGCAUUUUUUGAGGAACUGUAAGUUGUGCCAUUAUAUUUUUGUAAUUUUCCCUUUCUAUUCGAUUUUGCGCGCUUGCUUAGUUAUCAGGAUUUGUUUCUGUCAUAGUUAGUUCAUUUCGUUGCUUUUUUGUUAUUAUUCAUU